AUGGGCAUGAGGGAAUCUAAAGACAUCAACAAGAUUGAGUUGUACGAUCUGUUCGCCAAUUUGAAAGCCUACGAGUUUGAAAUAAACUCAAUGAAUGAAGAUGAGUCAUCCAUGCCAGCUAUAACAAAAGCACUGGUGACUACUGAAAAGUCCCCUACCUCGACAACUACGAAGUCUGCGGAACAUAUCUGCGACGAUGCUAUAUCACUAUUUGUCAAGAAGUUUAGAAAAUUCAUGAGGAAGAAUCAUUCUAACUCUAAUUCUAAUAGAAACAAUAAUAAGAAUGAAUCAAAUGCUAACUUAAGAUGCUUUAACUAUGACAAAACAUGUCAUUUCAAAGUUGACUGUAGAAAGCCCAAGAGGGAUUACAAUAAGCUUUUCGAUAAGAAAAAUAAGAAGGAACAAAAAGCUCUAUUGGCUGAGGAAAGCAAGAAAAAAUGGGCUGAUAGUAACUCAGAUUACAACUCGUCAAGCGAAAGUGAGGACGAAAGUGUCAAAUGA